UCAGGUGUGGUGGAGGAGGGAAACAUCGAAAACAUGCAGGGCACUGGGUCCCGAGGACCUGAAUUGAGAAACACUGAUAAUCUUUAACAUUUCUGUCUGUUGUGUAGUCCUGGGUUAUUUUCAUUGAAAGACUGCUGUCUUCUAUGUAAUGUUUUGCACUCCACAAUACAUGUUAUGGGCCAGAUUAAACGCUCUGGCAGGUGUUUCACACGUGUGCCGUUAGACUGUAGAAAAGAGGACACCAUGACAGUUCUCCAAAGUGAAGCAAAAGGAAGUGGAGCUCCCCCGGUGACUGCCUGCAGUUUUGGUCACAAGCCCCACUUCCGAGGUAUGUUAUGCUAUAAAAACAGGAUGUGAUGACAUGAUGAUGAGAACUGCUAUUGACAGCCGCUCUGUGAAGUGGCCCCAUACAAAUAUGAAAGAUGGGUGACAUAGCAGAAGAUGAGGCGACUUUCUACUCCAAUGCUGAGGACUACUGGAAGGAGGUGUCCCCCACCGUGGAUGGGAUGUUGGGUGGCUAUGGUAGCAUCUCCAGCAUCGAUAUCAAUGGAUCCAAAGCUUUCCUGGAGAAAUUACUUGGUGAAGGGGAGGGGAAGACGGACGCAGGCUGUGCUCUGGACUGUGGAGCAGGUAUCGGGAGGAUUACUAAGCGAUUGCUGCUGCCACUGUUCAAAACCGUUGACCUGGUAGAUGUGACACAGGAGUUUCUGGAUAAAGCCAAGUUGUACCUGGGAGAAGAGGGGAAGAGAGUGGGUAACUACUUCUGCUGUGGCCUGCAGGACUUUGUACCAAAGCAUGGACAUUAUGAUGUCAUCUGGAUUCAGUGGGUCAUUGGUCACCUGACAGAUGACCACUUGGUAGAGUUCUUGCAACGCUGCCAAAAAGCCCUGCGGCCCAAUGGCCUCAUUGUUAUCAAGGACAAUGUGUCUUAUGAGGGUGUGGUGCCAGAUGAGGUAGACAGCAGUGUGUGUAGAGAUCUCAAAAUAGUUCGUGGCCUGGUGGGUAGAGCAGGCCUCCGAAUCAUCCAUGAGGAGCAACAAACAAAUUUUCCAAAGGAGAUCUAUCAAGUCCACACACUGGCUCUCAGAUAGAAGACUGUGGGAGGGGGAAACUUUUACAUUUGUGAAACAGCUUGUUGCUGUCUUUUGUCUUUUCCAGGUUUGUUAUUCUGCCAUUGUGUCAUCACCGUUUAUAAUUGUUCUGCUAAAUGUUUAUUUAUUUCCCAUUAGUCAUUAAAACCGAUGACUCACCUUUA